GCCAGUUGGACAGUCAGUGCGAACAGAUCGAACAUAACUACCGCUAGUGAACAACCGAGAAAGUGAAACAUCCUUAAGUGUAGUGAAGUGGUAUUGGAAGCAUUGGGAAAUCGAGAUUUUAUAUUCCAUACCACGCCAUAACGUCUGGUGUUUUAAGUCGAGCUGUCCUGUCCUGUCGAAGCGGAAUCCCCACGAGACAGCCAUUCCCGUUUGCCGUUGAAAUUGUUUCGUCUCAAAGCAAAUCCAAUCAAGUUACACUCCGGUGGUAAUCCGGUUACUUACUUACGGCAGAAGGUGUUGAGUACGAGCCAGCCACAAAGAUGGUCGUCCAGGUGAGCAUCAAAACCAGACAUCAGCAGACGGCGACCGCGUCCAUCUACCGGCACCAGAGCACCAGCUUCAAGAAGCGCUACAAAGAGUCGUACCGCGUGAUGGGUGGCUUCGAGCAGCGGCCCUGGACACCGACCAAGCGCCGCGGACCGAUUGCGGCCGAGCACCGCGGUCCCGGACCACAGUACCUUCUGCCACAACUGUUAGGUACGAAAGUGGUCGACUCGAAGCGCCAGGCCGCACCCGCCUACAGCUUCGGCCAGCGGCACAAACCGCGCACGGAAUCGUUCAGCCCGGGGCCACUCUACAACAUUACCGGGCUCGGUUGCAAGGGCAAGGAUGCACCGCCGGCCUACUGUCUGCAGAGCCGCCCGAAGGAGAUCCCGAAGUAUCUGACGCCGGCACCGGGCGAGUACAAUAUCGAGAAGUCGGACAAGAUGCUCGUCAAAUCGGCCCCCAAGUACACGUUCGGUGUGAAGAAACCACCGAACCCGACCAGCCAGACGCCAGCACCCGGUGACUACAAACCAGAGAGGGUAGUGUUAGAUAGUGCACCCAAGUACUCGUUUGGCAUCAAACCCGAGAGUAAACUGCGGAGCGACACUCCAGCUCCCGGUACUUACUCGCCGGAAAAAGUAUUGAAAGACAAAUCACCGAAGUUUAGUUUCGGCUUGAAAGUGAUACCGGAGAAACACGAGGAAACGCCAGCACCGGGUGCAUACGAACCCGAGAAGGCACUGGCACUGGAUAAGAAACCAGCUUACAGCUUCGGGCUGAAGACGAUUAUUGAGAAGCCCAACAACACUCCGGCACCGGGUGCGUACGAGCCGGAAAAGGCGAAACUCAACGUGACACCAUCGUACAGCUUCGGCAUUCGACCGACAAUCGACAAACCCAACAGCAAUCCUGCACCGGGUGCUUACGAGCCAGAGAAGGCCAAAAAGUUCAUCGAUCACUCACCUGCAUUUGCAUUCGGCAUGCGCAUCAAUCACGACAAACCGAGCUGCACACCGGGCCCGUCGGCGUAUCAGGUGGAGAAGGUCAACCUGGACCAUCAGCCGGCGUACAGCUUUGGGCUGCGGACGAAUGUAGCGAAACCGAACACGACGCCUGCUCCCGGUGCUUACUCCCCGGAGAAGACACAGCUUGAUGGCGCACCCAAGUACAGCUUCGGCAUCCGACCGACAAUCGACAAACCGGACGGGGUGCCCGCACCCGGUUCCUAUUCUCCCGAGAAGGCCAAACUAGAUAGUACCCCUGCGUAUAGCUUCGGAGUGAGGACGAAGCAGGAGAAACCGAGUGCCAACCCGGGUCCCGGGGCCUACGAUGCCGAUAAGGUGCUGGAUGGCAAGACGCCGGCGUACUCGUUUGGGUUGCGGCCGGAAGUGGGCAAACCGAACACGGUACCCGGUCCCGGUGCGUACAAUGCCGAUCGCGUCGAUAGUGGUGUGCCGGCGUACUCUUUCGGCGUGAAAGCGAACAAGGAAAAGGUGGAACCGAUCCCCGGACCGGGCGCCUAUGAUACGGAUAAGGGACACGACAAGUCCGCUCCGGCUUACUCGUUCGGCGUGAAAACGAAUCUAGAGAAACCGAGUGCCGUACCCGGACCGGGGGCCUAUAACGCGGAUAAAGUGGUUGACAAAUCAUCACCGGCUUAUUCGUUCGGCGUAAAGGCCAAUCUCGACAAGCCAAGCGCCGUCCCCGGACCGGGAGCUUACGAUGCAGAUAAAGUGAUCGAUAAGGGUUCGCCGGCGUACUCGUUCGGAGUGAAAACGAACCUGGAGAAGCCCAGCGCUAUCCCGGGACCUGGUGCUUAUGAUGCGGACAAAGUGAUCGACAAAUCAUCUCCAGCGUACUCUUUUGGGGUAAAACCGAAUCUCGAUAAACCGAGUGCAAUUCCGGGGCCAGGGGCCUACGAUGCGGAUAAAGUUAUUGACAAAUCUUCGCCGGCUUAUUCGUUCGGUGUCAAGACGAAUGUCGAAAAACCGAGCACCAUACCCGGACCGGGAGCAUACGAUUCAGAUAAGAUCAUCGAUAAAGCCUCUCCUGCGUACUCCUUCGGUGUAAAGAUGGCAGCCGAGAAACCGAGUGCCAUUCCGGGACCAGGAGCAUAUAAUUCGGAUAAAGUUAUCGAUCACUUUUCUCCAGCGUACUCGUUUGGAGUGAAAUC